CGCGUUGCCUGUGAACUGCAGCAAAUGGAGAUCCUUUUGACUCAGCUUCUAUUGGAUGGGACAUUCACUCGUCUCCCAGCUGCCGAUAUUGCUGCUCUCCUCUCAUGUUUUAUUUUCGAGAUAGGUCAUGCUGGAAGCCAGCAAAGAAAACAGAUUUUCCAGCCACAAAUGGAUAGACCUUCUGGACAGUCUAAAUCUUUUCAAGCUCCGCUUUCGGCCCAACUACCGUCACUCCCGCAGUUGGCCGAUUCCCUUUCCGCUACUGAACUUGGUGAUGGGGUUGUAGAAGCUAUAACAACUUUUCCUCUGGCACCCAGCUCUAUCAUUCCAUCUGGUGCCCAGCUCUCCGUGGCCUCAAAUGCUUCUGAAGCAUCUUUUGUUCACUAUAACAUAGAUUCCCUAUCAGACUCUGUACCACUUCAUCUGGUUAAACCAUUGCAGUUGAUGAUGUCUAGAGCAGUUGAACUUACUAAGACGAUUGAUUUUGAGUGCUAUCAGCAAUUAGAACGAAAAACUCGGUCGACAAAUGCUUGGAAUCCUUAUCCGAAUUUUGAGAAUGAUUUCGAUUAUCUAUCCGAUGCUUUUUGCUUUGAUAUUUCCUUUAUUUUUCAUUUUGCUACCUCAUACCAGCUCUAUUGCCUUCAACGAUCUUAUGGCUUGGCCGACCCUCAAUCCGAUGCCACAUUGAAUCCCGAUCUUGUUGGCGUGACGUACGCCUGGGCUAGCGGACAAUCAUUUUCAACUAUAGUAGGUCUCACCAGCAUAUCCGAGGGACAUCUUGUGCGUGGAUUGCAGCGACUUGACGAACUUCUUCGACAUGUCUGCUCGGCUUGCCAGCGUCUUGGGGAUCAGGCUUUGUCUGCUAAGGUAGCAGAGGCUCGCUCAUCUAUCCAUCGAGACAUUAUUUGUACACCUAGUCUCUAUGUAUCCUAUGUUUUGGCUAAUUCAGAAAAUGCUGAAGAGGACUUUAAAGAAGAUCUAGAUCAGGACAGAGCCUAA